AUGACUUUCUUCCUUCCGUCCUAUUUCCAGAAGCGGAUCUUACGAUAUGCUCUUUCACGACUAGAGCUGCUGGACACCGAUGCUUUAGAUCUCGAGAAGUUGGAUAUAGUAUGGGGUAAGAGGAGCACAGUUGAGCUGAGGGAUGUGGCCGUGCAUACGAAGAAACUUGCCGAUUUACUACAACUGCCAAGGAAUUUGGCCAUCUUUUCUGCUCAGAUUCAGUAUCUUCGGCUUACGAUCCCUGCGGACCUCUACAUAAGUGGAAUAUCAGUUGAAGUGCAAGGAGUGCAGGUGCGCGUGAACGCAAACCUCGAAGAUCAAUGCGGAGGGGGAAGACCCAAAUCGACACCACCCAAAAGAAAUCGGUCGGGAAAACCGUCAAAGGGCGUCAAAGCGGACAACCCAAGAAAUACACAGUCUCACGUUCACGACCCCGGUGGCGGUUUUCCCAGCCCUGUACUGCAAACAGGUGGUGACAGCCGUGCAGGAGUCUCAGAGUACUUGCCAACUACCGUUGACCUAGCUAAGUCAUUCUUACAUGACGAAUCAAAGGAAGAAAAGGCCGAACUGCAAGAUGCUGUUGCAAAGUCCCAAUACCUGGAUCAGUCUCUAGUGACUAGCGAUGAUGGUGACGAAACGUCCGAUCUUGGUGUUGCCAACACACUUCCCCUUCCAGGGUUUUUGGCAGACUUUCUGAAAGGUGUUGGGGACCGUGUCCAGUUGAAAGUCAAGGAUGUGGAAUUGGACCUGGACAUUAAGCUAGAUAUUGCUUCGGAAAGCUCUGCCAACAGCGAUACAUCAGAAAGGUCGAAUGUCUUGACCAUUCGGUUUUACAUAGAGGACAUAAUCGUCAACGCUAUCACCCGCCUAGCAACACCAAGCGUAACGGAUCAAGGGAGCGUCCAAGAAGCUUCUAACUCUGUCUUUCAAGAGACCCGUCGCGUGACAUUGGCCAAUUUUCACGCUAUGCUCAUCUCUGAUGCCUCGUUGUUCGCCAACGUUGCUCGAUCUACCGGACCGUCGUCUCCGGAGACUACCCACGCGAGCAUUAUAGCGAGAUCUGGCAGCAAGCCUAUAGACUCUCCUGCUUCAAGUACCAUUGGCGAACCCAAAACGAUAAGCAGUCCUCUCCCUGCGAGCCUAGACAGACAAGAUUCUCAGGAUUCCGAAGCACCAAUGAUAUAUGACUUCAGUCAAGAGCCUACGGAUUCCGAGGGUUCUGAUACGGAUCAUGAAUCUACCGCUUCAUUGGGUCUGUCCAAUGCUGGCGAUAGUCAGUAUCAUGAUAGCGCGGUCACUGGCUCCUUCUACUCCGCCUCCGGAGACACCCCACAAUCACCCGAGGAAGGAAAAGAUCCUAAAGAUCUUAGGUCGUUUCUACACGAGGGGGCAGCCAACUAUGGAUCUUCUGCCCCAUUGUCGAGAAUGUCUCACAACUCCGUUGAUGCAGCGUCGCUUGAAGGCGGUCGGACACCUCCAGCAAAAUUCGAUGCAUUUCCUCCAACAUCACUCCCUGCUGGGAACUCACAAACGGAGCUUGGGUUCGACAUGCGAAGUCAAGGUUCCAUGCGCCCAUCUGAACCACGAGCCAAGCCCCAGGAUCCUGGCCGGCCAAUGGGUAUCAGUACAGAAGCUCUGCCUUCGAAGUCCUCAAGUCCCAGCAGUCAUACAGUUUCUCCAAUUUCUGAAGACCUUGCACAAUCAAAAAUCUUUAGUCACGAGGAGGCAGAAAGCAUGUACAUGAGUGCCAUCAGUCAUGUUUCUGCUCCGCAAACAGAUAAGAGCACAUCAAUACCUGGUCAGUGGAACGCCUCGAGCUCGGACAGCGGCGACGAGGGUAGUGAUUCGCUUGUUCCAGGUAAUCUUUCAGUUCUGCAGGACAAACCGACCAGCAUCUUACGCCAGCAUGAAACACCGGCGAAUGGAGAUAGACUUGCAAGCCAUUAUGAUGACCAUGGUCCUCGGAUCCCCCGGAUUUCCAAUCCAGAAUCGACUGAACACAUGUUUCCAUCUUCGACAUUGCCCACCAAUGUAAGGCAUGAGCCAGUGUCACCCCCUAGACUUCCCAGCCAGCGAGAUGGUUCAUCCCAAGGUUCUGAGGCCUCUUCGGCAAAUCUCAAAAGCCCCUUCACCAUCAUGAAGCGCAUACUAUCCGUUGACUUCAUUGCCCUGGAGAUUCCCCAAGGUAAUGCCAAUACAGCAGACAGCCCAAUUGGGAUCAAGCAUCAACCGUCUGCUGCUUUGAGCCAGACACUCUCUGGAAGCUCAAGGUUAACCUCGCAGACCACCCACGCCGCUGCUCACGGAAUCUUAUCCUCGGAUUACAGCUCAGACUCCCAGCAGUCUGGCCGACGGCCAUCUAUAGAUGUAGGUAAUAUUCAAGUCUUGGGUGAUAUGGGUCUCGCCAAAUUGAUGAUUCUGGUUAUUGAAAAAAUUAAUGCCAUGCGUUCAUCCUCUUCCUCCGAGAAGAGCAGAACAGCUGUCCCGCAACCAGCUCCAAGAGAGGUGAGCCAGGUAAGAUUGAAGGUGAAGCGGAUGUGCUGGAAGUUUCUCGACGUCGUCAAAGGAGUGCCUGUGAGAGGUAUACGUUCCCAGAACCCCGUGGAACAAAACGAUCUGCGUGGAGACUCAGAAGUUUUAUUGAGAGCGGAGAUGAAAGAAUUCUGUGCUAUGUACCGCAAAAGUGAAGCAUCGUCUGUAUUGGAACUAUCGACAAGAAAAUUUUCAUUUGGAUACGUCUCGGAAGACAUCCUCUCCUUUGAUUCCGGCUUGAAGAUGAGAGAAUCUACCCGAGACAUACUUGCACCUAUCGACAAUGACAUGAAGUUAACGGUAACGAAGACAAUUAGCGCCACGAAGGUUGAGUUGACAACACUUCCGUUGCAUAUCGCUCUAGACUCACGCCGACUCGACGAGACUUUUACCUGGUUCGGCGGAUUCAGCAGUAUGCUUGGUCUCGGAAGCUCGAUGAUGUCCACUAUGACUGUGGUAGACAUGGCGGCUAAAACUUCCCAUCACAGCAGGCCAGUUCGCGGUGUACACUUCGAAGGCCAAACGCAGAACAGUCCAAGACUAUCUCCUCCAAUUCAGACGCAGAACAAAGUCACGGCAAGGAUUGGGGGCAUUGUCCUUGAUCUUCGGGGUACACGCUCUUCUUUACGUCUUGAGAGCACGGCCAUGAAGCUUGUCAGCCGAACGGAAGGUCUCGGCUUACAAGUCGACCGACUGAACAUCAGUGACCCGUAUCUGCGGCAUGCCUCUUCUGAGCCAUCUACAGCGGUGAAGCUUUCGAAUCUUAGAAUAGAGUACUUGUCAACACCCAAAGAGAAGGAUUUAGAUCGGCUACUUGCCCUCUUGUCUCCUUCCAAAGACGAGUAUGAAAGGGAUGAUGAUAUACUGCUGGAUACUCUCUUGCGUCAACGACGACAAGGAGGCGUAGUCCGCGCUACAGUCGAAAGCCUUGAAGGCAUCCUGUCGGAUCUAGACGAUCUACAACGUAUUGCAGCGUUAUCGGAAGACCUCAAAAAGCUCUCGACUGUGACAAAAUAUCUGCCUGAGGAUGAUCGUCCAGGUAUCCUAACGCUGAUGUUGGUUCGCGACCUCAGACUCAAGAUCCAAGUCAACGACAGCUUUGGUGCAGCUAUUUUGGCUUCGAAGGACUUGGAGGCAGCAUAUGUCGCAUUCCCCAGCUUGGUCGCUCUUGGAAUUACUACAUUGAACCUUCAUCGAAACGGUACAGAAGAGUUGGUCGGACACGCUCUGCCCAUGCAGAUCGUUGGCGAGACGUAUUCACCCAUGGUCAUGGCUCGCUUUGUCGGCAACGAAAUGGAACCUACAGCAAAAAUAAAGCUUUACAAUGUACGCUUUGAGUAUCAUGUCCCCACUCUUAUGGCAGUUAUGGGAAUGAAGGAUGCCACAUCCGUCCAAUCAAUUGUUGCUGAUAUGGUGAGCUCUGUGGCUACUCUUACUGCCCGAGCUGCCGACAGAGGAUCUACACCAAAGCCUUCGGCUCAAGAACCCGCAAGCAGUGAUCGUUCGCAAGGUUCGAAAGAAUUGAGACUUGAUGUUGCUGUGCGAGACUCGACCCUGGGGCUCAAUCCACGCAAAUCGCCGGCCAAAGGCCUUGUUGUUUUCACUGAUACUCACUUCGUAGGUGCCAUGCCCAGAGGAGAAGAAGCCGACGCAGUGCUUGAUAUCAGAAAGGCUUCACUCAUGGUGAUCGGCGACCGUGAAAAUGCCCCUUCUACAGCUCAAAGCUCUAUCGACCGACGAGGUCAGGUUGAAAUUCUGUCCGACCUAGGUUAUGUAUCUGUCAGCUUGAUCUCUGCAGCAAAAGCUACGAUUAAAAUUGUCAAGCUCGAGAAUGAUUCCAGCAGGGCAAUCGAUGUAGAGAUCCGGGACGAUCUUUUUGUCCUAGAGUCAUGCGCGGACUCCACCCAGACAUUGCAGAAUAUCAUAACUGGACUGAUACCGCCAACGCCGCCCUGCACAGAAUUGAAGUACAGGACAGAGGUCAUACCCGUCGAAGACAUGCUCGCUUCGCUCUCGGGCAAUGCUUUCCCAGCAACUCAGAUCAGUCCUAAUACCGAUAAGGAAUUAUCACUGGAACUUGACGAAGGCGAUAUAGUAGACGACGACGUCCCGCAGAACCUCGAAUUCGUAAGCAGUAUCUAUAAUCCUAACCUCGAAUCAGUAUACGAAGGCAUCGCAGACAGCAUGCUUGAAGAUGAUAUAGAAUCUCUACCAAACCCUUCGAUCGUCCAAGGAAUGGGAAACAAGAAUACCAUGGAAAAUUACGAAGAGCAGACACAGAUUGCUCCUGAUAACUCCUCUCUUGAUUUCGUCGACGAUCACUUUGGAACGAGCUCAGUGGUGGGAGGCACUGCUCAUCAGCGGAGUAUCCAGCAAAACACCUACGGAUUGAGCAACGAGUUCAGAGUGCGUGGCAGUCCUUUGAGAGUUCGUGUGCGGGACGUACACUUUAUAUGGAAUCUCUAUGAUGGCUACGACUGGCAGAGUACCAGAGACACCAUCAGCCAAGCCAUCGAAGACGUUCAAAACAAAGCCACAGAACGUUUGGCUCGCAAUGAUAGACGCAAACCUGCGGACCCCGACGAAGAGGAGGAAUCCGUGAUUGGUGACUUUCUUUUCAAUUCGAUCUACAUUGGUAUUCCCGCGAAUCGUGACCCAAGAGAGCUGGCUCAUCAGGUCAAUCGCAAUCUUGACGAUCUUGUCAGUGAGACAGAAAGCUAUGCGACUUCCACACCUUCAGGCUCGCCGAGCCGAAAAGGUCAAGCACCACGUUCGAGAGGCAGCAGGAAACUGCGGUUGAAACGUAGUAAGUAUCACAAGAUGACCUUCGAGCUGAAGGGCGUCUCUGCAGAUGUGAUAGUCUUGUCGCCAGACUCAGGCGAUACUCAAAGCUCUCUAGACAUCAGAGUACAGGACCUCGAGAUAUUCGAUCAUGUGCCAACUUCCACAUGGAAGAAGUUUGCUACCUACAUGCAUGAGGUUGGAGAACGCGAAAGUGGAACAGACAUGAUCCACCUUGAGAUAUUGAACGUCAAGCCUGUGCCCAGUCUUGCAGCGUCGGAGAUCAUUCUAAAGGCCACUAUACUUCCGCUACGACUUCAUGUCGACCAGGAUGCACUUGAUUUCAUCACCCGUUUCUUCGAGUUCAAGGACAACUCUGCGCCGAUGCAAACCUCGCAGUCUGAAGCGCCGUUCCUUCAGCGCGUGGAAGUGAACUCCAUACGAGUCAAGUUCGACUUUAAGCCAAAAAGAGUCGAUUACGCAGGUAUUCGUUCAGGACAUACGAACGAGUUCAUGAAUUUUUUCAUACUUGAACAAGCAGACAUGAUUCUCCGACACGUCAUCAUCUAUGGCGUCUCUGGUUUUGACAAGCUCGGCAAAACCCUCAAUGACAUUUGGAUGCCAGAUGUCAAAGGGAACCAGCUGCCCGGUGUUCUUGCGGGACUUGCACCUAUUCGCUCGCUCGUGAAUGUUGGAGGCGGUUUUCGCAACCUAGUCGCUAUCCCUAUCCGAGAGUAUCGAAAGGAUGGUAGGGUGGUUAGAAGUUUGCAGAAAGGCGCGGUUGCUUUCGCGAAGACAACGACGAGUGAACUAGUCAAACUGGGAGCUAAGCUUGCGAUCGGUACUCAAACCGUGCUUCAGGGUGCCGAGGAUCUUUUAACUCAGCCGGUGAAGAGAUCAGAUGUGAGUGUUGGUUGGGAAGACGCCGAGUUCGAGGAAGACGAAAAGCCGCAGAUCAGUGCGUACGCCGAUCAGCCAGUAGGCGUGGUCCAAGGCCUUCGGGGUGGCUAUGCCAGCCUCGAGCGCGAUCUACUCACCGCCAAAGAUGCCAUCAUAGCAAUGCCUGGGGAGAUUUUGGAGAGUGGCACGGCAGGCGGCGCCGCGAGGGCAGUUUUGAGAGGCGCUCCUACAAUAAUUUUGAGGCCUGCAAUGGGCGUCAGCAAUGCGGUGGGGCAGACAUUACUGGGGGCGACAAAUAGUUUGGACCCUGGAAACAGAAGGCGGAUUGAGGAUGAAGGUGUCUCUUCAAUCGGGUCCUGUUUGACUAAAUCUUCAGCUCCUAAACUAUUUGAGGAUCGGCCACUGAGGCAAACAAUUUCCGGCGAAGAGUUAAGCGUCAGGAUGCUACCCCCGUUCAACCAGUUCUUCCGAAGGAAUGGCGGAGAUUCUCCAGCUGAGCCAGCUGGUAGUGAAGACCUUGAGUGUGGCCAUGGAUCAUUGGUCCCGCAAACAACGACGGCAAGUGGAUAUCAAUCGUCCCCAAGCAGGGUGUAUCUGCCUGAAACACAGAGUAUCCGUGCAUCAACGGUACCUCAAACACGAACACCAAGCCGCGAGUACUUUUCUUACGUACACCACAACGGUCAACAUGGCUCGGCAGCGCAAGUGCCACUUACGCCGAGUGGACCUUCGAGAGUUGUAGGAUACCUUCCACGAACAAUAUGCAGCGGUUCCUCACCUCUUGUCGGCCCGACGGGGCUUAUCAUGCUGUCUCAGCCUUCCGAAGACGCCAGCAAUAGAGACUUCAUGACCAAUACUGGACCUCAAUGUCGUUCGACCUCGAACUCCAACACAGCCUCGCAUAGGUCUCCUUCUCCAAGAUCUCCAUUUGAUCCUGGCAAACAUGGCCAGGCUUUGCGGAGAUUGGAAACUCACGGAUCUCUAAAAACCAUCCCAUCUGGUCAACAGGGAGGUGAUGCUAUCAACCGCACGUCUAUCUCAUGGUCCGAAAUCGGCCGGGAAAUUUUCGAAGAACACCACGAUGCCAGACUCCAAGGCUCACUUCCUCAGCAGCCAGAAAGUCGGAAAUCAGCAGACCCAUAUGAAACAGUCGAUCAGCACUCGGGGGCCGACCUUUCACCACCACCAAUCCAAUAUCUUUCCAACUUCGUUUACCAACCAGCAGUGCUUCGCCAAGGAGACUAUUCCAAAGUUGUCAACUUGCCCGAUCCGCCGAAAAUCGAAGCUGGGCAGAGUUUCACAGAGGCUUCACCAUCCUUCGUCUUUCCAUUGCCAAAUGCGGAAGCAGAUAAUUCAAAUCAAGUGACCCAACAAGCACUGCAAUGGAGCCAGGCUUCGCCUAAACCACGUCAAGCAAUAUCUUCGAAAUCACUGGUGGGGGAACCCGAUGCCUCGCCAGAUCUUCCGUCCAAGAAUCUGAGCUCUAAAGAAAUGCCUGAGAACAACACAAUCGGAAGCAUUGUGCGAGACUUUGGUACUCAAGGCAGUAAACAGUUUGAAGACGUGUUUGCUUAUGAAGCGAAAGGGGAAGAAGAACAGCAAAGACGCAUUGGAAACCUAAUUCCAAAGCACCCUCAUUCUGCCCACACCUUCGCUCAGAGUCCAACUUUCGAGGAGAUCGAUGAAUAUCUCUGGAGUCCUGCCCCAAGUGACGAUGGCCAGGAAGCUCCAUCGGCACCGCACACGCCAGUCCCACGCCAUGCGCCAUCGGAUGCCUUACGUGCCUCUCCUAUUUCUGGACUUUCACCGGAUUCGUACGGCGGCUUCUCACGGUCGUUAAAGCCUUAUGGCAUCGAGCACAUUCGUUCCCGGACCGGCUCGUCGGGUAGUCAACGCACCAUAGACAGCCCAUUGCCACAUAUCGAUGUUCUCAUUCCAGCCGGAAACAUUGAUCUUCAUUCUCAUUCAGACUUCUUAGGCUCAUCCCAACAUGCGUCAACCAUGGGAAGUAGAGAUUUUUCGAGCAUACUGUUACGCUACUCGGGCGUAAUCACGGAUGGUGCCUCCUCGCGGCCCAUGUCUGAGAACGAACUCAAAGGAGAGGUACUACAUUCGCUGGGAGAUCGAACGAAGACUGGAUUGAGUAUGCUGAGGUCGAGGGACUCAAGUAGCCAAGCGGAUCGUCAUACCAAUUCUGAACAGAUCCGUGGAGACCAUAAGCCAAAUGCUCUACUCGAGGCGUUUCCGCUUGAUCGAGUCCUCAGUCCGUCUGCAGAUGCUGGACCUGGAAGCAGUCAGACCUCGUCAUCACCGAGCGCAGACCGCUAUGGUGGUGAUCCGUCCGGCCACAAAGCGCGUUUAGGGAAUGAUGGUCUUCCGGCUUCUAGGACACGGUGCCCCACUCCGCCACUGCUUUUCGGAAAACACGCUAUUGGUGAGCCCAAGAAUACUAGUACAACAUCAAGGCCAGCUCUUGGAGGUAAUACGAGUCGCUUCGAUCAAAACCCGGAACCCAUUAGACUGAAGGAGACCGGCCGCUUGCCCACGGCCUUGUGCAGCUUAGGUGAACAAGACUGGGAGACUGUUUCUGCUGAAACAGAAGCUGGUACGCACGCUUUUAAUGGCAUCGCCUUCGACACUGAGACCGGUAGCAGUCUGGCGGAUAAUUCUGACUCUGGUAAUUUGUCCCCGUCAAAGGAGCCACAUUAUCCUUUCUACGGUGUCAGAACUCAACCAGUGAUGCAGCAUCCGGCGCAUCCACGACACAAUCAUUCCUGUGUGCUCCUCAAGAAUAGCCAGACAGGGGAAUUGGUUCAAGUGCCCGAAUAUGAGUAUGCUUCCGGAGGGCGUUUGCCAAACAACAACACUAGUGCUCAAUUAGUGUCAAGCGUACGUGCAGACAGUACAUAUCAGCACCCAUCUCCUUUACGGGUCGAGCAUAAUCAUCCUUUUUCUUCCUCACUAUCUAUCAUUCGCUUGAAUAAACCAUCAGCGAUAAACAUUCAAGAUAGUUGUGUGAUGAUGCAGCAGAAUCAUCUGAGUUCAAAGCCGUCCAGUUGUGGGCUGUCAGAGGGUGUUCAGGAAGUAAAGGAAAAGCAGACUCAAGUUCCGUUGUACAAUACAACUCAAGACGCGUCCCGUGAUCGUGAUCCUGCGGUGGAUCAGAAUCAACUUAUUAUAGACUCUAGAGAGCAGUCACAUCAUUCGUCUCCCUGGUUGAGUACAGUUAGCGAAGUCGCCUCAAGCGAACUCUCACUACCUAGGAACGGAGGUACUUUCACAGAGAUGAUAGUCUGGGAUGGAAAAGCACAUGUGCAUGGCACUCCAGAGCGAGGAGGCAAUCGAGAAGUGGGGAGCAGUCUGGCAGAUGCAAGCAGCCCGGGCGCCAACUUCUCAAGUAGCCCAGCGCCGCUCGCCAGCUCACCUAUUUAUUUUCCAGACACACCAUCAUCAUUAGGUCAGGGUCUUCACGAGCAGGCUGUCCGACACAAUUUGGACGAUGGCAGCCUAAAUCUACUAGGCGACUUCCACAAAUCACUUGCAAGAUCAUUCAACCGCGAAGACCCAGCAACCUCGACAGUUAAUAUAGAGGAUCGUUCUAGAUCGCAUUCAGUAUCUGGGCCACGACUGGAGCACCGCGAAUCAUCACCACGUCGACGUAGGUCUUCCAGUGAGAGUCAUUCUAAGCUCAUGGAAACGCCUUCUGCCCAAAAAGCUUCGGCGCUGAACUUGUCAUCCUCGGAUGGCUAUGCUCAGCAGACCACUAGCUCUGUACUUCUCCUCAGAAACCCUUUCUCGCGUUCAGACGACAAUGAUUCUCGGUAUAGCCACCACCAGCACAAUUUCAUGGAGCGAAAAGGUCGCCAACCAAAAGCGGAUGACGCCUCAAUCAACGAUCCCACUACACCCUCAUCAACUGAAUCUCGACCUUUCGUCAGAGACGGGGUUGUGCAUACUGAUGCCGCUCCUCCAGUCCUCCGUCAUCCUGUCUAUGGUCGCGACCGUCCUUGGGAUCGCAUAAGACCAGGCCUCCCCCGUCCAAGACCGCACCCGGACCCACUGGGACGUCCACUCUUUCAGCGACCAGUUGCUCGAGCUGAAUCACCUCACCUUCACCGUAUCCCACAUCCGCCUACCCCAGAGCUCCUUGAGCGCCACGUACUACUUUCUCGCAUUUACCUCAUACCAUCCAUGGUGAUCCCCCCCAUUGCCCUUGUUUACGGACAUGGCUACAUGGACGGCAUCACGAGAUUCCACACAGCGGGUGAAAUCAACGGUUUUCGCAACACAGAGAAAACCAUAGCUCUUUGCUGGGGCUACGGCUCGAGCGCUAUUUGCAUCCUAGCUAUUAUCAUUGCCAUGAUCAUCAUUUCCGCCUCCGUCACCACGUCAAACCACAGUCUCUACGGCAACCUCCUCACGGCCGAAUCAAUGGUACUCCCAGCAGCAUUAUAUCACAUCGAUGGGAUCAUUUUCUUCGGCGACUUCAGUUCAUGGGUCGACGCCAAACUGAAUAGCCCGGCGGAGGGGAUCUCACGUCAAACACGUCUCGGCCGCAACGUUGUAACGGCCGAAUUCAUGAUAUCCCCAGCCAGCAGCAAUUGA